GGCGGUUCUGUGUCGGACUGCGCUGGGCGUGGGCUGCAGUCACUCCCCAUCCUCUCACUGGAGACACAUUGUUCGACGCGGGCACAAGCAAUGCGUGCCAGUGAGCAGCUCGGUGCUAUUUAGCAAGCGGAAAAGUCAACCGUUUGUGGCCGAUAAUAAAGAUACAGUUAUUUCAAGACGACCGGAAGCGAGGCGAAGACUGUUUGGAUCUCUUCAAUUCGGGAAACAACUUGAGUCGGAACAUCUUUUUCCCCCCCUCUCAUUCUUUCCUGGCAGACAAAACAACGCUAAUUAGAGCCCGGUUUGCUCAGAAACCGUGUGUGUGCGUGUGUGUGUGUGUGUGCGUGUGUGUGUGUGUGUGUGAGCCGCAGCAGCAGCAAAGAUGACGGAGUAUAAGCUGGUGGUGGUGGGAGCUGGAGGCGUGGGCAAGAGUGCACUUACCAUCCAACUCAUCCAGAACCACUUUGUGGAUGAAUAUGACCCUACCAUCGAGGACUCGUACAGGAAACAGGUUGUGAUUGACGGAGAGACCUGUCUGCUGGACAUCCUGGACACUGCCGGUCAGGAGGAGUACAGCGCCAUGAGGGACCAGUACAUGAGGACGGGGGAGGGGUUCCUCUGUGUCUUCGCCAUUAAUAACACCAAGUCCUUUGAGGACAUUCAUCAGUACAGAGAGCAAAUUAAACGUGUGAAGGACUCCGAUGAUGUUCCCAUGGUGCUCGUGGGCAACAAAUGUGACCUCCCUGCACGCACGGUGGAUACACGGCAAGCCCAGGAACUCGCCCGCUCCUAUGGCAUCCCUUACAUCGAAACUUCGGCCAAGACACGACAGGGAGUUGAGGAUGCCUUCUACACACUGGUCAGGGAAAUUCGGCAGCAUAAGCUGAGGAAGCUCAACCCGCCUGAUGAGAGCGGUCAGGACUGCAUGAGCUGUCGCUGUGUGGUGUCGUGAUGAAGCUUACCUUCAUAGCCUGGACAGAGAUGCUACAGCACAAGAAGAGUCACCGCAUGGACUGAAAAUAGGAAGACAAAACUGAAUGAAAAUGAAAGAAAAGAACGAGGAAUCGACUGAACCAGAGUUUUAUUUCUGGAAAGGAUGAUAUCGAUUGUCACGUGUGUGUGGCUACCUGAACCAUCUUGGCCUAACCCGUCUUUUUUUUUUUUUUUUUUUUUUUGUGGGCCACUUCGACUAACGAGCAACACCACUAAAGACAAAAGUUGAACCCCAGCAUGGUCUCGUUGGGUUGCUAACUUACUGUUUUCGGUCCCAACACUGGUUCAACAGGGGGCUGCAUCGGAUCCCAAAUAACCCCCCCCCCCCUUAUUUCCCGCCUCACCUGGAAAUGCACAUUCCGAUUGUGCCCUGUUUUCUCACUCGGCCCGGAUGGGCAAUGGACAUUUACUAUUUCCUUAUGCCACUCGUGUAAGCCACUUAAAAAAAAUAAAAUAACUACCUCCCUUUAAAGGUAGAGGCUGACCUGGGAUAUUUGUAGAAAUCUGUUAGCUUAGCAGUAAAAUAUGUGUAUUUUGCUUUGGAACUGGAACAUACUUUGUGGGUGGAUGAUUAGAAAGUAACUAAUGCGAUGUUAGAAUGUCAUGACGGAAUAUUGACAUUUUGGUUCUGAAUGCAGCUGCCUUACAUUCUUUGCUAGGCGUUGUCUUUAUGUAAAAAAAAAAUAAUAAUAAUAACGAUCAUGACUUGUGUACAGAGCUGUAGGAUUCCUGUGUCUAAUUUAGCGAGGGAGGGUACGGUGCAUUUGCACGUGCACCGAUUCCACCUGACGAGGUCCACCUAUAUAAUAGGAACAACGUGUUAUGCUUGUACAGGUAUGCAGACAGGUUUUAAAUAGAAUUAAACUUUAUUUGCAAAAUGCGCGACAGUAAUGUCGUGUAUCGGAGUCUUUUAAAAAAAAACACACAAACAUACACAACACGCCUCAGAAUACUCAAAAUCCCACACACCUUACUACCCUCAAACAGUGUGUAUACUGUACAUGUACGUGUGGGGUUCGUACUGUAUGUAUGUAUGUAUGAUUGGUGCUGGUUCCGGGGGGGCUGCAUUGCUUUUGUUUUUUUAAUGUUGACUGGCUCGUGCUAUCCACUACUGUUAGAAAACCGUGCUCUGACCAGUGUAUAGCGCCAUAUAUAUACGCAGUGAGCGCUACCCGUUUGUUUACUUAAUGUGUGCGACUACAUUAAAAAAUGGAAGCAUGUUGAGUUUAGCCACGCGCUGUACAGAACUUGAAGGGCAAACAACAUCUAAAAGUCAUAAAUAACCAAUAAAAGCCUAAUUGCGUCACUCAUACUCAAUUUAGACAGCAUUUUGUGAUUAUUUUUUAAAUUUCGCUCAUCGCUCAAUUCCAUGUAUGAGUAAUUCUCUGGAGCGGUGACCGGUUUAAGAAUAUUAAAAGCUCUAACCCAUAUGGAUUUGUACAUUUCAUUAAUAAUUUUUAAUUAACUUUUCAUUCUUUGCCUGAAGGAAGUGAACUGUGAAUGUCUCUGGAUAUUAUUUCAACAAAACUGUGUUUUGAAAUGUACAAUUUAUUUUUGGAGUACUUGGUUCCGCUUUAUCCACUCAAACAUGGAAACUUUGUGACAUGCCGUUAUUAAUAAUUUGAUGCUUAUUGGCUCCCGAUGGUUAUAUAUCACUUCCAUAACAAUUCCACAAAUCUAUGCAUACAUUUUCAUCGUCUUUGAAUGUCUUGUAAUGUUUCCGCAUGGAUACUUAGCUAGUAAAGCCCAAGUAUACAUGUCCAAAAAGACUGUACAUGCCUUUGGGGGGUAUUGGACUCCUGUUCCAGUUCCAGUGGUUCCAAGGGCUCCUUUCUCCCUUGAAUGAAAGUGUGGUUGGAAUUUGUGAAAAUGUGGCAUCUUUAGCUAUUUAAGAUGUAUGUAGUCUUUAAAAAAAAAGGGCAGGAAU